GCAAAUUGGAAACAUACCGUAACCUGCAUGAUAUGUAUGAUAAAUGCACGGCAAAUACUUUAAGGUAACGUUUAGAAAUGGAUGACACCAACAGCUCACCAACAUGGAAAAAACCUUCAGAUAUAAUGAAAAAGCACCGGAAGAAGAAGCGAGUAUCGCUGCAAAGUAGCGAUGAAAAGCCACCUAACAAACUAACUGAUAUUUUCAGUACAAAAAGUAUGUUUUUACAGUCAAAAAGAAGGAAUCCUUUCUCACAGGAAAUCGAGACCGGGUCUCCGUCAAAAAGAAUGAAAUGUGAAAAUGAAGAACUGUCACCAAAUUCAGAUAAUUCACAAGAGAAUGCGUUGUUUACAAUUCUCGGAGGAAUAGAAAAGGCACACAAAUAUGAAGAAAACCAGCAGGUUGAGAUAUCCACACCAAGUCCUGGGCAGACUGAACAUUUCUCAAUAUAUGAUGAUGACAGCAAGUCACAGUUUGAGUUUAUUGAAAAGUUGUUCAAUGACAGACACAGAGAACAAAAUAAAGAGAAAUUUGUUGAACUUGAGGAUGAGAGGAUAGAAGAUCCUAUGCAAAGUACUGACAUUCCUGUAGAUUGGAGUCUGAAGGUCAAAAUGAGGGUGAUAUCUGAGAAAUCUUUAUUGUGGUGUACACAAUUACGGACAGCAGAAGAGGCCAGGGGCAUAAGUCAGUUCCUAACAGGACCUCCAGAUACACUGAUGGCGCUGAAAGAGUCAGAGAGAAAGGCCCACUUCCAGGAGGCAGGCUUGUACUGGAUUUAUCCUAGCCUUCCUUGGAUGAAGCUCUUCCCAAGAAUUGCUCCUGAUGCUAAAUUAAGGACAGCCAAUAUAGGACUACUAGAUAACUUGGUGCAGACAGCAUUACAAUCAGACUGGACAGAGAGCUUCACUUCAGUGUUCCAUCAGUUACGUGCCCAGCACUGCCCUUACUUUUAUGUGUGCACUCAUCAGUUCUCUGUGCUGUUCCGGGCAUCUGCUGUGGCAGGGCAAACAAAUCUCAGUGCUCUCAUCACCCCGACAACCAGGGGCAUGAGACAGUCCCUGAAAGGGGAAGAUAUAUCUUUCACUUUGCCCGUACUUGAACACAGAAAAAACUGCAUCAACCCAGAGAAAGGCUCAGAAGUCAGGAAGAAACAAGGCACUCAGACUAAGAAGGCUGAGCAACCCUACCUGGAUGACGAAGACGAGAUGAUUGAUACAGACGAAGGAGCCUCAGUUUGGCUGGAAAGUAUAGGGCUUGACAAAAAGCAUUUCCCCUCCCUUGAACCCAACAAGGUAAAAAUCCAGAGAGAAGGAUUCAAGCUGAUUGACAACAGACCAGAGUCCACAGUACAUGUAAUCGGCUCAGAUGUCCAGGCACUGUAUAAUUAUCUUCUCAACUGUCGCAGCUGUGUGGCCACAUCAGGACCCCAGGCUGGCCUGCCUCCUACCAUCCUCUCUCCAACAGCAUUCAAGGGGGCCACUCUCAAAUCUCACCAGACAAAACAUUCCUUGGUAAAGCAGAUGGAUGACAACAAGCUCAUAAAGCCAGUUCACAUCUUGGAGAUAUGUGGACCUGUUUUGCCACACCACAUAGCCAGCUACAAGUGGCUGUUCCAGCACACCCAGGAAGGACACUUCUCGCUCUCUUUCAACACACAUGAACCUAGCAUUUCAUUCAACGCUCCUGUAGGCAGUGAGGACGACAUAACCAAAGACGUGGCUAUCCGGGAACAGUUUGUGAUGGGACAUAGAAAGUUUGAUUCUUUCUUCAGCAACAAACCAGUGGAUAGCAGAUUGACUUGUAUUAAGGAUAUUCAAUGUAAACUAGGUUUCUUUUCCUUUUUGGUAUGAAGCCUCAUAAAUUGGUACUCUUAUAUAUUUAUUUUUGAAGUUACACUAUUUUUAGCUCACCUGGUCCGAAGGACCAUGGUGAGCUU